UGUCUCUCUUGACACAGAUAACUCCUAUAUUUCCUCACUCAGACUGUGCUGAAUAAUUACAUUCCACACCCCACCUUUCAUCCUCAAUCUUUACAUCUCAUCAUCCAUACCCCAUACAUACCACCUCUAAGCUACUAACAUCUUUCACAAGUGGGCUCUCUCUCUCUCUCUCUCUCUCUCCCCCCCUCUCUCUCUCUCUCGUUAAAAUGGAAGAACCAUCAUUUCUUAGUCCACAACAACUUAAACAAACUCUUCUUAACUACAAUCAAGACUACACUCUUAACACUACUAAUCACAAUAUUAAUCAAGAAAUUCAAUACCCUCCUUCCCCUUGUUCUUCUGAUGAUGAUUUCAACUCAAACCCCAUCACAAUUCCCCUGUUUUUUAAUCCUUCCAAGACUCGAAAAACACUUCACCGCUGCAGGAGUUCCCCUGCAAUGACUGUUAUGCAUGACACCAAGAAAAGUGUGGCAAAACCUGUGCCAAAUUCAGGUUCUUUAGUUAGACAAGCUACCCUUUUGCUCAUUGUGUAUUUGAUCUUGGGAAUUUUGAUUUAUGCGUUUAAUCGUGAUCAUUUUUCGGGUAUCGAGACUAAUCCCUUUAUUGAUGCUAUAUAUUUCUGUAUAGUUACUAUGUGUACAAUUGGUUAUGGUGAUAUUGCACCUUCUUCUGCUGCUGCUAAGAUAUUUGCUUGUUUGUUUGUGCUUGUGGGGUUUGGUUUUAUUGAUAUCUUGUUAUCCGGGGUUGUGAAUUAUGUUCUUGAUUUGCAAGAAAACAUGAUUUUAACGGGCAUUGAAGAGAAUUCAGUAGAGGGGUUUUCGGUUAAGAAUUAUAUUUAUGAUAAGGCUAAAGGGAGGAUGAGAAUCAGGUUGAAGGUUGGUUUGGCUAUCGGUGUGGUUUUCUUGUGUAUUGGACUUGGGAGUGUGGUUUUGUACUAUACGGAGGAGUUGAGUGUGAUUGAUUCCUUUUAUUUGGCUGUGAUGUCCGUUACUACUGUUGGGUAUGGCGAUAGAGCUUUUAAGACUCCACAAGGAAGGUUGUUUGCAUCGUUUUGGCUUUUGUUUUCAACGUUGGCCGUGGCUAGGGCAUUUUUGUAUUUGGCAGAGGCAAGGAUUGAUAAGAGGCAUAGGAGGAUAGCAAAAUGGGUGUUGCACAGGGAAAUCACUGUCGAGGAUUUGGUUGCUGCUGACCUCAAUCACAAUGGCUUCAUAAGCAAAUCAGAAUAUGUUGUAUACAAACUUAAAGAGAUGGGAAAGAUUGGAGAGAAAGACAUACUGCAGAUAUGCGAUCAAUUUAACAAGCUUGAUCGCAAAAAUUCUGGAAAGCUAACACUGCAUGAUCUGCUGGGGCGUAGAUUGUAGCAUUAGGGGAUCAAUUAGGGAUGGAAGAACGCGUAUCUGUAGAAGCAGAGAAGGAGUCUUAUUCUGCAGGGGAUGUACAUACCUAGGACUAUAGAAGGUUGCAAAAAUUCUUAACACAAAUCCAUUAGUUAGAUACUGAAUAUUUUGGAGUAGUAUGGGGUAUAUAUUAAAUUGUUAUGAAAGGAAAUCCUUGUAACCCGUGUAACCAGAUUUAUCCCUAUAUCGGUGGGAUUGAAAUGUAAUCUAAAUUUACAAGAA